UGUUUUCUAGUUUCCCCAAACAUUUAUCUCUCUUCCACUUUCGCCAUCGCUCUCGACGAACUAUAGAUUUCUUUUCUUUGCUCUCCUGAUUCCGAUUUGCAUAGCUUGGCCCUUCCGGUUCAGUUAUCGAUCGUAGUUGAUCUUUCAUUAUGCGCUUCUUUAGAAGAAUAGCGGGGUUUUUGGGGUUCGCCAGAGACGAUGCUAACGAAGUAAAAGACCAAGAAAACGACCAUAAAAGCGAUAAUGAAACACCCGGUAACCGUCCCGUUUUUCAAGAAACCGGCCUUCCUCGAAGGGGUUUUAGCUUCCCUGUUCAAGUCGCCGUCGAUCGUUCCCAGCCCGGUCCCGUCCUUCUCCUCUCCGCUUCCGGUAAAGGCGGCGUCCAGGGUUUGAAAUGGUAUGCAAAGCGUCUUAGGAUCGAUGAAGAUGGAGACGUAGCAGAUGAGUUACUUGAUGAAGUCUUUCAGGAAACAUCAGGUGCAGCUAGUGAAGAAAAUGAGCAGAAGCCAUACCCCAAGUUCGUAGUGAAGUACAGUACAAGACGAGCUAAGGUGACGACUCAGGUGAUGUCCCAUGAUGGUAAAAUCCAGCAGUGGGUGGAGUAUCAGGGAAGACUGAAAUGGGUAUGAUUCUUGGGUCUAGAAAAACCUGUCACCAUUUUUUAAAAUAGAUUCUUCCUUUUCAUUGUUCUAACUUCUGCAUUUGACUGUAUCAGUAUCUCAGAGUAUUUAUU